UUCGGGGAGCGUCUUCGAGAUCUAUGGCGGCGACGGCUACGAAACCGGUGGUUAAAGUGGCGGCUCUGUGCGGCUCUAUUCGCAAGGCCUCCUACAAUCGCGGCCUAGUUCGCGCCGCGAUCGCGAUUUGCGAGGAAUCGCUUGAAGGCGUUGAAAUUGAGUAUCUGGAAGUGGAGCCUCUGCCGAUGCUCAAUACGGAUCUCGAAACGCCGCCGGAUGGUUUUCCGGCCGUCGUUGAAGAUUUCCGGCGGCAGAUUCGUGAGGCUGAUUGCAUUCUCUUUGCUUCUCCGGAAUAUAAUUACUCCAUUGCUGCUCCAUUGAAGAACGCAAUUGAUUGGGCAUCAAGGCCACCAAACGCAUUCGCCGGAAAGGCGGCGGCCAUCGUGAGUGCCGGCGGAGGGUUCGGCGGCGCACUGGCACAGUUCCAUCUCCGGCAAGUGGGAGUCUUCUUGGACCUUCACUUUGUCAACAAGCCAGAGCUUCAUGUGAAUGCCUUUCAGCCACCUCCCAAGUUUGAUGACAAUAAUGGCGACUUGAUUCAUCAAGAAACCAAGGAUAGGUUGAAGCAAGUUCUUCUCUCCUUGAAGAACCUUUCUCUACGCCUCCGAUCAAAUUAAAACAAUACCCGACCACUACUUUGAUCUUUCGUAUCUUUGCUUUCAUGUUUGUUUUUGUUAUCUCGAACCCCAUUUGAAUAACAUCGAUCGUCCUAUUUUUCGUUGGUA